GAUUCAGUUUCUAAUUUCAUCUCAAACAUCAAACAAUGUAAAUGAUUUUUAUUCUUGUUUAUUUUCAUUUAUAUUUUUGUUUCCAAUUGUUGAGCCUAAUGAAGUUUUAUUUACCUUGUGUAGUUGAUUCAUAAUACGAAUAAUUGUGAGUAUUUGUGUUUUGUUUUAUAGAGAAAGAGAGAGAAAGAAAAACGGAAAAGAUUCUUAAAUGUUGGAAUCAUCUUUUCAACCUUACAAACAACCGAGUGAGAUGACCAAUUAUGAAGGUGAAUUUUAUGUGUUGGACUUGAAUGGACUCAUUGAGUCUAUGGUUGAUGAUGAUGAAGACGAAUUAAGUGAUGAUGUUUGGCCAUCGGUUCUUGAUGAGCCUCAAACCGAAUAUUGUAAACAUGAAUCUCAGGAUGGUCGAGUUGUCCUAAUAACUGAAUUUAAAACUAUUGAUGGCCAAAGAAAAGCCCAUAUAAUAGUGAGGGGUACACCUGAAAGGCUUCUCUAUGGUCUAUUAGACUCUGAUACAUCUGAUCCAUAUUAUAUUGAUGAUUUUUUAUUAACCUAUCGCGUCUUUAUGCCUUCAAACGACCCAAAUGACAAGUCUCCAGGUAAAGCUGAUCUUGUUUUAGUUAAUGGUAUGAAUCAGAUUUGUUCAACCUUACUCUCAUGGUUUGACGAUCCCAGCCUUAGGAGUAAGGUUAUUCAAAUUGUGCAAACAUGGAUUAGCAACUAUUACCUUGACUUUGAGCUUGUUUCAAGUGAAAGCUCUGUUUUAAAUACAACAACAGCAUCAACAAUAACACCACCAUCAACAACAUCAUCAUCCUCAUCGUCAACUGCAACUGCAACCACAACCACAACUACAACAACAACAACAACAGCUAAAAACACAUCGUCACCCGUAUCCAAUUUUUCACAUGGACAAAAGUUUUUGGAGAUUUUUGAAACAAAAUUAUCCUCAAUCAGCAGCUUAUCAACACAAUUAAGUCUUCUUCACAUGACAAUAUCAACUAAAGCAAAGCAACGUAACAUCACUUUAACCCGAUCCAAUAGAGAUGAAGAGGUGCUACAUUUUUCAAUAUUAGGCGGAUAUGAACGCGGCUAUGGUAUUUUUGUAUCUAAAGUUGAUUCUGGUUCUAAAGCUGAAUCUCUUGGUUUAAGGCGCGGAGAUCAGAUUCUUGAAGUGAAUGGUAUAAAUUUCACAAGGAUACCCCAUUUAAAAGCAUUGGAUACAUUAAGAUCAACAACACACUUACAACUCACUGUAAAAUAUAAUCCAUUCAUGUUCCGAGAGAUGAUCAGUUUGCCUGAAGAUUCAAAAGGUAAAAAGUAUUCGAUUUCAUCGGCACUUCUUCCGAACCUGCAAACCUCUAUGAACACAUCUCCAAACAGCAAAGGAACAUUCCACAAGAAGAAUAAAAGUCAAACCGGAACUACAAAUUCUAACGGCAGCGGAACAAAGAUUAAAAAAGCGAUUCCUAAAUUUGCCAAUUUCAUUUCAAGACAUUUACCUAAUUUCUAUUCUGAUUUUGAAAAUGAUGUUCUCAAUUCAUGUGAAGUUGAUUCAUCUCGACCAAACCGGGACCAUGGUGGUAAAAACACUGUCCAUAGAUCACUUUCAAAUCCUGAUCUUCACUCAAUCUUUACUUCAGCUCUUAUGGAGCCACCAAAUUCUGAUCCUACACCUGAUCCUCAACUUGUGAUAAGAAUUUUCAAUGCAGUAAACGGUGAUUCUAGAUUUUUAUUAAUUCACGAAGAAAAUACUGCCCGAGACGUUGUUAUGGUCAGUUGUAAAGAGUUUGGCCUUUGUACACAAACUUCAGCGGGCAACAAACAGUCAUCGGGAGAAUCUGCCAAAUCUUCAUUAAACUAUGCCCUGUAUGAAGUAUCCGUUGUACCUGAGGCUAAUAACACAAUCAAACAACGACGUUUACCUGAUCAACUAAAUAAUCUUUCUGAGAAAGCAUCUUUAUUGUCUCGGUACUACCUCAAAGAGAAUAAUAAUCCUCUUUUAUCCACUGGAUCAUCUUCGUCCAACAACUCAUCGAAUGAUGAAUUAGCUCAAGAGAUUUUAAAGGAAUGUCCAAUGCCGAUAAAUCUUUUAUCACUUAACUCAACUGUCAUUGCCAUCGAAUUGACUUUACAUGAUUUUAACAUAUUUCGCUGCAUUGAACCUCAAUCUUUUAUCUACGAUGUCUUUGAGAUGAGAAGUAAUAUUGGCACAAUUGAUGAAAAGUGUAAAAAAGAGUUGAACGAAUUUGAAUCAUUAAGUAAUAAGGAAAUGUUCUGGGUCAUCAAUGAGAUCCUAAACGAAACCAGUGUUGUCAAGAGAAUCAAAAUAAUCAAAUAUUUCAUCAAAGUUGCCAACAUUUGUCGUCAUCUUCACAAUUAUAAUUCUUUGUUCGCUAUUCUUUCUGGUCUUGGUCAUGGUUCUGUCCAACGUUUAAAGUCAACUUGGGAUAAAAUACCGACAAAAUAUAAUAAACUUCUGAAAAAUUUACAGUCACUUAUGGAUCCAUCUCGUAACAUGUUAAAUUAUAGAAGGGAAAUUAAUUGUUGUCCUCCACCCAUUAUCCCAUUUUUUCCGAUAGUCAAAAAAGAUCUGACCUUCAUCCAUUUGGCGCAUCCGACAACCGAUGACCAAGAACUGGUGAAUUUUGAAAAGCUUAGAAUGAUUUCCAAAGAGAUUCGUAACAUUAUGAAUAUGUCAUCAUCCCAAUAUUCUGUUGGCUCAUCAUAUGCUAAUUUGCUCAACAGUCAUGGUUUCAGUGUGACAAGUGCUUAUGCCAACGACUAUAAUACCAACAAUGAGAUGAUGAGAGUUCCAUUACCACCUCCACCGCCCAUAGCAGCACCGAUUUCGGUGACUUCAGUAAAACGGAUGUUCGAGGAAUCUUUGAUGAGAAAAAAAGUGAAACAUUAUUUAAAUCAAACUUUUGGUCAUAUUAAUUAUGAUGAAGAUGCUCUUCUAGCUAAAUCAAUUGAAUUGGAAGGAGGUCAAAGUGGAUCUCUCCAAGGAUCAACAAAUAAUUGUAGCUCAUCUCGAGGCUCUCUUAACAUUAACCCAUCACCGAAACAACCUCAUCCAUCACCCACUCUAUCUUCAGCAUCUUCAGGCUCAUCUUCUGGUCGACUUAAAUUUGGUGCUGAAUCACCUCAACAACUUCGCAAAUUACUAAGUCUCAGUGAGAUGGAAUAUGGUCGAAGUAAUCAUACCAAAAAUCAUAGUCUUAAUCAUCACAAUCAAUCAUCCAGAGACCAAAGAAGCCAUUUUCCACAAAUAUUAGCUCUUAAUAAUUCAUCUACUCAAUCACACACAAGAUCUGUUAGUGAAGGAUCAUCGAAUAAUUUUAUCACCAACUCAACAAUGCCACGAGCCAUUUCACCAACUAAAUCAACUGUUCCAUUACCAAUAGAAUCAUCAUCAGUCACUAGUUUAAGAAGGAUUAAUCAACUUCAACAAGCAGCUACUGCCCUUGGUCUUCAGCAACAUGUAACAGCUCAGCUUUCAAAACAAGCAGCAUCUCUGCAACAACAACAGCAGCAGCAGCAACAACAACAACAACAACAACAAAUGCAGCAAUCAUCAAAUGUAUCAUCUCAACAAUCUCAUCUGCCUCAUUCUCAUUCUUAUUCUCAUUCAGCUUCGUUACCACUUAAUCACCAAUUAAAUAAUCUUGCGAGUCACACAGCGUAUAGACCGCGACCUCCCGAUUACGAUGAAGCUCUACUGAGGAAACAGAAACUGGUCAAUUUAGCUUGCAACACAAUCACCCGUCAAGCCGUUCAUCCAACACCAUCAUCACAACCUCAACCACCUCCACAGACAAAUAACUUACCAGUGAACAAUAAUCUUAAAAAGGUGCCAAUAAUUAAAAAUAAUAUCCAACAAGAUGACAAAGUCUCUGCAGUUUAAUGGACUUUUAAAAGUCUCAUGAAAGAUUUAAAGUUAACAAUAAUCAGCCCUGGAUUUCACUGAAAAAAAAACAAUUUUAAACAAAAGUUAUAUUGUAUAAAAUAUACAACAGAGGAUUUAUUUAUUUAUACCUGAGUAUUUACAUUUGAAAAGUGAAGCAAAAAAGAUUGACAAUUUAUUUAAAAAUAAGCAUCAACACAAUCAACAUCAACCACGAAACAAAGACCGAGAAUCCAAUUUGAAGAUAUUAAUAACAAUCAAAACAAGAAACAACCAACAGAGUCAACAUACAUAACCAGAUGAUUAUUAUUUAAUUAUAAAACAGACAUCAAAUUAUUAUACAUCUUGACAUUUACAAAAAAACCAAAUAUCAAAUCUAUUGGUAUUUUCAUAUAUUAAUUUUCAUCGACUCUGGAAAAUCAUCAACAAUCAAUUCAUAAAUUUUUUUACACAAUUUACACAACAUAUAAUUUAUGUUUCUCGUCACUUUCGGUCAAUUCUUGGACCUAAAACAGAACAACUCUAUCAUUAUACCUUUAAACCAAUUGAUAUACUCUUAAGAUGAUUUUUUACUUAUCAAAUUUACACACUGAUUGUUUAAAAUGUCAAAAUUAAUGACCAACUCUUUUUUUCCAAUCAUGUCAAUCUUAUGAUCAUUUUUUUUAUAUUUUCUUGUAUAAAUUUCAUGUGAACCUUGUUUAUGGAAGACACUGGUCUCUGUGACAAUCAAUCUACCUUUUUGUAAAAAGUUAACACUCUGAUCUUCCAAAUAUCUUCACCUUUUCCUCUUCCAUUCACCAAAAUCUUAACUCAUCUUAUUCAUUAAUUGUCAUCUAUCAUCAACUUCCUUGUUCCUUUUUCUUAUUUCUAAUUUUUCUACUUAUUGUAGAGACUCAAAGGUGCUGUACAGUUAAAUCUCAUUUAAUGAGUCUUAUAUAAUGCUUUUUGUACCUAAGAAAAAAACAAAUUAUCGAAAUGAUCAAAAAUAAAGUGUUAUUUAGACGAUAAA